UGCUCCGGCUGCGGGUCUCCGCGAGGAACUUUUUAUCGCCUUGGGGGUUCAGAAAGGAGACUGGGGCUGGCUUCUAACUCUAUCAGUACAUAUGUGUGAUCUAAUAAAAUCCUUUCUCCUCUCCUUGAAGCAGGAGCUUUUUAUGACAUCUUUCUGUUAGAGACACUUGCCUUCUUUGGGUUAUAAACUUUUGAUGCCAGACCUCUGCAGAACGCGCCCAACUGAAUCUUAAAGUAGCAUCUUGGAGAGAGACAGAGAACGCACAAUCUGUGACCUUCGUCCCUACUCCUUCCUUCCUCCACUCCCUCCCCUCGGCUCCCUCCGUCCCAGGGAGCGUCGAGAAAGCUCUUUUUUAAUGCAGGAGGGGGCAUCUGGUUCUGCUCGGCUGGAAAGCUGAGGUUGGAGCUGAGGACGAAUUACUAGGCUCUGGAGAGCCUGGACUUUGCUUCUCCGUCUCCCCCUUUCUGCUCCGGCGUGCUCUACUGCUUUGAUUUCGCCCUAUACUACUUCCGGCUGUUGUGAGAGGGCAGGGGACAAGGACCUUGCUGCUGCGGGAGUUCUGGGAAGUUGCGGCUGUCGAGGAUGGGGGUCUGUGGGUACCUGUUCCUGCCCUGGAAGUGCCUCGUGGUCGUGUCUCUCAGGCUGCUGUUCCUUGUACCCACAGGAGUGCCGGUGCGCAGCGGAGAUGCCACCUUCCCCAAAGCUAUGGACAACGUGACGGUCCGGCAGGGGGAGAGCGCCACCCUCAGGUGUACCAUAGAUGAUCGUGUCACCAGGGUAGCCUGGCUAAACCGCAGCACAAUCCUCUAUGCUGGGAAUGACAAGUGGUCCAUAGACCCUCGAGUAAUCAUCCUGGUCAACACGCCAACCCAGUAUAGCAUCAUGAUCCAGAAUGUGGAUGUAUAUGAUGAAGGUCCAUACACCUGCUCUGUGCAGACAGACAAUCACCCCAAAACCUCCCGGGUUCACCUCAUAGUACAAGUUCCUCCCCAGAUAAUGAACAUCUCUUCAGACAUCACUGUGAAUGAGGGAAGCAGUGUGACCCUGCUGUGUCUUGCAAUUGGCAGACCAGAACCAACAGUGACAUGGAGACACCUGUCAGUCAAGGAAGGCCAGGGAUUUGUGAGUGAGGAUGAAUACCUGGAAAUCUCUGACAUCAAACGUGACCAGUCCGGGGAGUAUGAAUGCAGCGCCUUGAAUGAUGUUGCUGCCCCCGAUGUGCGAAAAGUAAAAAUCACUGUAAACUACCCUCCUUAUAUUUCAAAAGCCAAGAAUACUGGUGUUUCAGUUGGUCAGAAGGGCAUCUUGAGCUGUGAGGCCUCUGCCGUUCCCAUGGCUGAAUUCCAGUGGUUCAAGGAAGAUACCAGGUUAGCCACUGGCCUGGAUGGAGUGAGGAUUGAGAACAAAGGCCGCAUAUCUACUCUGACUUUCUUCAAUGUCUCAGAGAAGGAUUAUGGGAACUAUACCUGCGUGGCCACAAACAAGCUUGGGAACACCAAUGCCAGCAUCACAUUGUAUGGGCCUGGAGCAGUCAUUGAUGGUGUAAACUCGGCCUCUAGAGCACUGGCUUGUCUCUGGCUCUCAGGGACCUUCUUUGCUCACUUCUUCAUCAAGUUUUGAUAAGAAACCCUAGGUCCUCUGAGCGACGCCUGCUUCUCCAUAUCACAGACUUUAAUCUACACUGCGGAGGGCAAACCAGUUUGGGCUUCUUUUUGUUUGCUUAUUUUUUUGUUCUCCUUGAUUUUUUUUUUCCUGGGAUUUUCAAUUUAUUUGAUUAUUCUUUUCUAGUUGGAAUGAGUGGAGUUGGGGAUUGGGGUGGGCAGGGUUCUACCAGGUGUAGAAUAAUCAUUCACUGAUGUGUCCAAAAAUGGAAUCUGUUCC